AUGGCGGAUCGUCUCACUCGUAUCGCUAUUGUCAGCUCCGAUCGAUGUAAACCGAAGAAAUGUCGCCAGGAGUGCAAGAAGAGCUGCCCUGUUGUGAAGACAGGUAUCCCCUUGUUGAAUUGAGAGCCAUUUUUUUUGUUUCUUCUGUUUCCAGCUACGUAGGAACUUUUCCCGUGGAUUCUGUUUGAAAAAUGACCUUUCCUUCUUUAUGUUGUGAUGUUUGGUGGAUUUUGACGAAUUUUAAGCUGAUAGCGAGCCUAAUUCUUUUGAUUAGUUAUCAAAAUAGGCGACGAAUAAGUUAUGUGUUUGGUACAUUAGGGACGGAGGAAAGUUAUCCUAUCGUUUGCCCGUGACGAUAUGUUUUGAUUUGAAUGUGCCGCUCUUUAGUAUCUGCUUCUCGAACCAAUUGCCUCUGGGCCCGCAUUCACGAAUGAGAUUUACGAGAGCCAGGUGACUAGAUAUGCUCAAAAGUGAAAUCGUUACUCUUUUCGGAAACUGUGUCAAUCAAAAGUUAUCCUAAUUGCUUCUUGCAUUGUCUUAAAACCAAACUUAUUUUCUCUGAGGCAGGUGCUAUUUAUUUUAUCUUGAAUAGCCUGGGCUAACUGCAUUAUUGUUGUUCUCUCAACUAUCUAUAUUCAUUUCCUCUGCUCUCUUGCCCAUGGGCAUGGAAUAAUUAAUUGCGCAGAGGAUCCUAAUUUUUAAUGGGGUAUAUGCUUCCAACCUGAGUGCAUAUCUGUGAAGCUCACUUUAAGGGGAUCUUUAUCUCCUUGGGGGGCUUGAUGGUGAUCUGAUAGGUGCUGUGUCGGUAUGCCCCAGUUGCCCUGUCACCAGGACUGCAUGUGCUGCGGUAGGAUGGUGGAAGUUCUCCAAACUAGUUGCUUACUAUAUGACGCUCCCCUUCCCUUGCCCCCAGCCCCCCAACACACACACACACGAAAGCAAACUAGCUACAAGACUAAAAUUGCAUUUGCAUUUACAGCCAUGGGUAAAAGUAGUCAGAUAGGACCAAUGAUUCCCCAGUUGUCUAUUAUCGCUGCUUGUGGAUCAAGCUGACUUGAUAUACGUGUCUGUAUGAUUUACGUAAGGCAGUCCGCAUGAGAAUUGACAAGUUAUCCAGAUUUUCAAACGCUCAAACCUUCUGUAAGACAUUGGACUCUUUCUCAUGCGAUUCAAUUAUAAAAUGACUGGUGACCGAUUGGUUGUACCCUCAAAAAUCUCAGGCCCCUUGGAUCUAGAAAAAUAAGCUGAAUUUGUGUGGACCAAAUCUUCAAACAUACUUGUCAAGUCAUUUUAAGGAUUUGAUACCAGGAAGGUCUGAAAAGGUUUUGUGAACUUGCUUGAAAACGUUUUUCGAAUCUUUGGAUUUAACUGGCCAAGAUUGAUCCUUGUUAACUUUGUUUUUUUUUCUUUUGGCCUCUUCUCUUUACAGGAAAACUAUGCAUUGAGGUGACUCCAUCAGCAAAAAUUGCUUUUAUCUCAGAGGAGUUAUGCAUAGGAUGCGGUAUCUGUGUCAAGGUACGUCUGCUUAUCAUCAGAUUUUGAUUAUAUCUUUUUUUUCCUGCUUUUUAAUUUUUUUCGCCUUUGUUUGCAGAAAUGCCCUUUUGAGGCCAUUCAGAUUAUCAACCUGCCAAAGGAUUUGGAUAAGGACACUACUCACCGUUAUGGUCCAAAUACUUUCAAGCUUCACAGGUUCUUUUAGCAAUGAUAUUGAUGUCUUGAUAUUCUUUGUUUGGUUUCAAGGGUGUUUUGACCACUGCUCUUAUUACAGACUCCCAGUUCCCCGACCUGGUCAGGUUCUGGGCCUGGUUGGAACAAAUGGGAUUGGCAAGUCGACCGCCCUGAAGGUCUUGGCUGGGAAGUUGAAACCAAAUUUGGGUCGGUUCAAUGUAAUGCCUCACAGAAGUUCGAUAUAGUAAUCAUUGCAUUAUUUUUUUUUGUUUUGUUGUACUGAUAUCUGACUAUGAAUACCUGUUCUUUGUCUCUCCCUUCCCUUUCCGCAGAACCCUCCUGACUGGCAAGAAAUACUGACAUAUUUUCGAGGAUCUGAGCUUCAAAAUUACUUUACUCGUAUCCUGGAGGACAAUCUGAAGGUGCUUUAGCUGAUUCUUUAUUUCAUAUUUUUAUUUUACCUUUACUUCCAGAUUUAAGAACUUUGAAAAAUGAUUAGAUCCUUGCAUUUGUUGGGUCCUAAUCAGUAGUCAGAUAUCAGUGAUAAAAAUGAAAUGUUUUCUCACUUCUGAGUUCUUUUGUUGCAAUCGUCAUGAUAAGUGACCAUACUUUUGAAUUUUCUGUUAUUCUCCCAUUAAAUCGAUAGCUUUAUGUUAACAGAUAAUCAUAAAUUCAUUUUUUACCAUUCAAAGUUUGAAAGCGAUCCACAACCAUUUCCUCUGUUAAUGUUUUAGAAGACUACGUUUAACAUCAGAAAGUGUACACAUAUUAUUUCUCAGCAAUGUUCAUUUGUCGCCUGAAUGACUUACCUGUGUGCAUCGAGAAGCACACUUAUCUGUGUGUCUUGCUGAUGGACUCUGUUCGUGGGAAUGGCUUCUACUUUAUCAGUGUGAUCGACAAGCAGAGCACUAGUACGGCUCUGAUCAAUUGGUAAGGGAACGAGAUCUAUGGUUUUUGAUUGCAAGCAAGUAGAAGCUUGCAUCUCAAUCACACAUUAGGUUUACAACAGCAACACCGAGGUCAGUUUGAUGAGCUAUGGCUAAGUUGCAACCAGCAUCAGGACAGAGAGAUAUGCGCAUUUUUAAUGAAGGAAAGGCCCACAACGGGUCAACCUUUCUUUUGGUUCUGUGAUCGGAUUAAGAAAUUGAGAGUGUGGGGGAGGACCUUUUUGUAGGAAGAGGUUAAAGAUGCUGUCAUUUUGUGGAUCUUGGGUUACUAGUUCCUCUCACGGUACUGACCAGUAGUGAUGCCUGAGGGGUUUUCUCCAAUACCCUUUUGGUUCAGCUUGUGCAUUCCCUCUUUUCUAUUUAUGAUUUACGUGGUCCUAGCCUUAAAAAAAAAAAAAAACAAGAAUAGAUAUCUGUAUGCCACUCGGAAAUGAGUUUCAUACCUCAAGCAAUAUUGGUGAAGCUACUAUGUCGAGCUUAUUGACAAAGAACAUCGAUUAAGGAGUUUUCGUGCUUUAUGUAAGUGACAGAUUCUCCAAUGCUAACCCCUGGAUGGAUCUUAAUUGUUUCUCUGGUGGUUUAGUUGUAAGCUUAACAACCAUUUUUCUACAGUUGCCAACAUCCCAUUAUCAUCUUCUUGUCCAAUAUCUCUUCAUCAAAUUGAAGACUGCCCAGUUGUCAGAUUCAUUGCCAAAGCAAUCUUUACCAAUCUUUUGUGUGAGGAUAUGGUUGAAAACUAUUAUGGGGCAUGCUGUUAACAUGAUAUAGCUUCUAUGCUCAUUUUAGAUAUGAAUUGGUUGAAGUUGAAUUGGAGGGAUAAUAUUUCAGAUGCCAUUGUCCAUGAUGCUUUAAUAGUUGUUUGAAAUUAGCGCAUGGGUACAAAUCUUCAAAAAUCUUGACCAUAUUGUUCCUUUAAGAAUGAUCCGUGGUAUCUACAGACUCUUGAUAAUGCACCACCUAAAUGAAAAGGACUCGCUCAGUCAGCCAUUACACUAUGUCACAUUCACUGAUGCAAUGGUUUUGCCUUUAGUGGUAUUUUUUAUGGAGAAAUUUAUGAGCUCUGGAAAGGUUUUCAUUCUUCUCAUUCAGUUAAUUUUUGUCAAUGUAAGAGCCAGCUUUCCUUUAUGUCCAUGUGUAUAUCAUGUAAAGAAAAACCUGUAUUCAUGGAACUCCUUUCGGUGGGCAUGUGGGUUUUCAUCCAUUUGUGAUUUUUUGCUUUUUUUCAACUUCAUCUGUAGUGCUACGACACAAAUCUAGUUGUGAGAUAGUGAAUGGCUUCAGCAGACUUUUCAUUCUGAUCCACUACAGCGAUCCUAAUUGUUAACAAUAAGCUAGUAAUCAACUCUAUUGGUAAACAACGUGUACUGUUCAGAAAUUUGGGCAUAAAUUUUAUGGCUAGUAUAUGUAUCCGGUGCUUUCCCAAUCCCACAUUUGUGAUCCAUGUUUAAGUUUAUCGUUUUCCGUAUUAUCUAGUGUAUCUCUAUUUUAUGUUGCGCUCGUUUUUAAAAAUGGUUCAAUUUUGUUGCAAUAGGCACUUAUUAAGCCCCAAUAUGUUGACCACAUUCCAAAAGCAGUCCAAGGGAAUGUGGGACAGGUGCUUGAUCAGAAAGACGAAAGAGGAUUGAAGGGUAGCCUCUGUGAUGAUCUCGAGCUGAACCAGGUCAGUGAUCGCAACGUGGGUGAUUUAUCAGGUGGGGAGCUGCAAAGGUUUGCGAUUGCUGUUGUCGCUAUACAGAGUGCUGAAAUAUAUAUGUUUGAUGAGCCAUCAAGUUACCUUGAUGUAAAGCAGAGGCUUAAAGCCGCACAAGUUAUACGCUCAUUGCUUCGGCCGAACAGGUGGCUUUGGUUGUCUUAUGUAGUCUUUUCAUUUUCUGCAAUUCAUUCAGGACUCGCCAAUGUUUUCAUCACUCUAUGACUGAAUUUUAUUUUCCUUCAGUUAUGUAAUAGUUGUGGAGCAUGACCUUAGUGUCCUCGACUACCUAUCAGACUUCAUUUGCUGUUUGUACGGGAAACCCGGAGCAUAUGGAGUUGUUACCCUACCUUUUUCUGUUAGAGAAGGAAUCAAUAUAUUUUUAGCUGGUUUUGUGCCUACAGAGAAUCUACGAUUUCGGGAUGAAUCACUCACAUUUAAGGUAGGAUUUUUAACGUUGCCAUGAGGGCCUUGAUGUCCAAAGACAGUCCUUUUAAUAGAACUGCAUGAUUUGUUUUUUCAGGUUGCUGAGACACCACAGGAAAUUGGUGAUGAUGUUCAGACAUAUGCACGAUAUAAGUACCCUACUAUGAGCAAAACACAGGGUAACUUUAAGCUUCGUGUUGUGGAGGGUGAAUUUACUGACUCCCAGAUUAUUGUGAUGCUGGGCGAGAAUGGAACGGGAAAGACGACAUUCAUUCGCAUGCUGGUACUGGCCAACUGUGUCAAACCCAUAAUGAUUUUUCUGGAUUAACUGUUCUACUUCAAGUUUGGAAAUCACUAAUUGUUGCUAUUAACUCUUCUCAUUGAAUGAAUUUACACUUGUGAGAAGCAUGUCCUGAAGCAUCACAAUCUUUGCAGGCUGGAUUAUUGAAGCCUGAUGUAGUCGAGGGUUCAGAUGCUGAAAUACCUGAAUUUAAUGUUUCUUACAAGCCCCAGAAAAUCAGUCCAAAAUUUGAGCACAGUGUUAGACAUUUGCUGCAUCAGAAAAUUCGGGAUUCAUACAUGCAUCCUCAAUUUGUGUCUGACGUCAUGAAACCCCUUCAAAUUGAGCAAUUGAUGGACCAGGAAGUGAAAAACCUUUCUGGUGGGGAGCUGCAAAGAGUUGCUUUGUGUCUUUGUCUGGGGAAGGUAUGGCUUUAUUUAUACCUUUAGCUGUUGAUUUCCACAUUGAAGCAAAGUUUCUGCAGUAUUAAUAACGACCACUUUAAUUUCUGCCGCCAACGUCUCUCUUCACGAAUGCGUAUGAUAUUAUUGGAGCUUCUUCCGAUUAAAGUUCCCUAAAUAACUUUCUCAAUGGUAACACAUGUAGUGUUCGGCGGCCUGCAUCUUCUUACAUCAAGAAAGACUCUGUAGCUGAAAAUCUUCUAGUUUUUAAGCUGAUGUUCCUUGGAAGUUUGUUUUUUUUUAUGGAGUACGAGCAUUUGUUGAAAUUCUAAGAAACAAUCUACAGAUUUUUUUUGAUUUCAUAUUUUCCAUCAGUCUUCUAUCAUGAAACUUUGUGUUCUAAUUUAGCUUUUUGUCAAAAGGCAUUGACUGCUGUUCUUCUUCUUUCCUUUGGCGAUCUUAUUACCACUCUCUUGUUUCACAUCAUUGAUGAUAGAGUCCUGGCUUCUAGGUAAAGGGUUUUCUACUUGAACUGAGGAAACUUUCUGAAAUCGUCUUCAGCUUUUGGAGUUUGUCAUCUAUGUCAGAUCCUAAUAAAAAUACCCUUGCAUUCGUACCCUACAACUUGUUUAAAAUAAAGCGAAUUCCAACUUUUCUUGGGAGAAGUGACCCCACACAAGAUAUCGAUACUUGUGAUUUCACCUCUGUUUAUUCUAUGAUAGUUGAUUAGGGUUUUUGGUCAAAACACCUUCCUUGUCCUCUCUGUGACUUGGACAGGUAAUGAUGUGGCCGUAUUCUAUUUAUCAUACCCUUUUAGAUUAUUGGAUUUUGUCUUUUCUUCAUAGUGUCGUCCAACUUCACAAGGAAUUAUGCCCUCUACUUUCAGGAUGCUAUCUAGACAACAAUAUUUGAAUGGCCUGGCCAAACACAACCCUGGGAGAAAAUAUUCUACAACAUUAAAACACCGAGGGCAAGUUGACAAAUCGUGACUCGGGUCGAAAUCAUACUCAAAUUCAUCAUUAUUACAUACCCUUUAUUGUUAAAGCCGAAAGAAAUCUUAAAACCAUGAUUCUUCCACAGAAUGAUCCUUGUUGCACACAGGAGAUGGGAUCAUAGAUUGCUUCUAAUGUAACUUGGCCUGUGUCAUUCACCAUGCAGAGAGCUUCACCGAUUUCAGUAUUAUUUUUUUUUUCUCCUGGAGUUGAUGUUACUUGCAAUUCUUUCCUCCGAGUGGUGUAGCUAUCGACGUACAUGUUCGAUCGUUUAUGCAUCUAUCCCUUUGGAGCGAAGAUCAUUCAUCUGAACGAUAUGCUAGAUAUCUCCACCCUCUCCAGCGCCGAUUGACCUGUGGCUUUGUGGUCUAUCCUGUGCAGCCCGCAGAUAUAUAUCUCAUAGAUGAGCCGAGCGCUUAUCUUGACUCCGAACAACGUAUCGUUGCUUCAAAGGUCAUCAAGAGAUUUAUCCUCCAUGCGAAGAAGACGGCCUUCGUGGUGGAGCACGACUUCAUCAUGGCAACUUAUCUUGCCGACAAGGUUAUAGUCUAUGAGGGAACGCCAUCCAUUGAUUGUUCGGCCAACACUCCUCAGUCCUUGGUAUCUGGAAUGAAUCGAUUCUUAUCUGUAAGUUCUUCAACCCACAUGGCUCAUAAGCAUGCUGUUCUGUCUCCAUCUAGCAUGUAACUUGUAGAGCCAUAUAAGCUUAAAAGGAAAGAGCCUGUUAGUCUUUCGAGAAUUUUAUGUCAUUUAUUUCUCUCGCUUCUGGGGAUCCGCGCCUAUCUUUUUGUCUGCUGACGUAUUUUCUUACUGAUUAUAGUAAAAACUGGAUUACUUUGAUGCUGAUCAAUCCAAUAUCCUUGGUGAAUUUUUUUAUCUUAUUUUAUGCAGCAUUUGGACAUCACCUUCAGGCGAGAUCCGACGAACUACAGGCCACGGAUCAACAAGUUAGAAUCGCUCAAGGACAGGGAGCAGAAAUCUGCAGGCUCAUACUAUUAUCUCGAUGAUUAG